CGAAAUCGCGAAGGAAAUCUCUACGACGCUGUAGCCGGCCGUUUGGGCGCCGAAGGCUUCCUCGGCGACAACAACCGCGGCUUGAAGCCGCUCAGACCCGACGAGGUACUCUACAGCCGAGCCGGAGCGCCCGUCCGAUACGAGGAGGACGACGAGUACACUCAGCAUCGACAUUUGCCGCCCGACGCUCUGCCCAGCUCAGACCUGCUCAAAGCCAUUCAUGCGUAUGUUUCGGACUACUACGGUAGCGGGCAUUUGGGUGAGACGAGUUUCGAUUUUGAAAGCAUGGACGAGACGGCCCUCAUCGCGUUUGGGAUCUUGCUGGAGGAGACAGCUGCUUCGAUUCUGGGCGAGACUGGGGAUCUGGCGUUUACAGAG